AAGCUUAGAUCUCAAGACUUGGCAGCGGGGCGAGAACCCGCAGGUGCUCGAUGAGGGCGCUCGCGGCUUUGGUUUCACUGGCAUGGCCCCUCGGGGCGGUACCGGCACUGGAUGCGACAGCGAAUUCCACCAAGUACACCGUGUUGGAGAUGUACGCCGCGGCCAAGAGCGGGGACGACGUCAGCUCACCGGGCAACGUGGACCUCUUCGACGCGGCCGGUCUGGCGAAAUAUUUGGUCACAGAGGUGGUGGUCGAGACGGGCAAAGCGGCAGAAAGGCCCACCAGGGACAAGGGCAUUGACACCAUAGUGAAGUACCGGAUCCGGGUGCGGAACAACAUGAGCUCCAGCGAUGUCAACGUGCAGGCGGAGUUCUCCAAAUACGUGCCGUUCGAGAACGGGGCGUUGGUCACACCAGCUGAUGCGGAGAUGUUCGCUCGCAGUGGGGAUCUCGUUGGAGUUCAAUCCUACCAUCCGCCUCAUGGCGAUGUCCGGUAUCCCCUGCAGCGCACCUUCUACUGGUUCAGCCUCAACGGGCCCUGCCCCAACCAGCCGGACGGGCAGAAGAGCUCCAACUGCACCACCUACCAGCCGGGCUUGGUGCCCAAGAAGAAGAGCCAGGUGGUGGCAGGAGGCCUCUGCAAGCGCUUUUUCACCAAAAACAUCCCGGAUGGGACUCCGGGCUGCAGUUACUACAUUGAGAAGGUGGAGACGGCAAAGUUGGAUUCAGUGGUAGGAAUCACUGACCAAGAUUGCGGAGGCCGCAAGUGCGCGGAUUGGGGGGAUUUCCGGUCCCACUGCAGCAACGCGACGCUCAGCUUCACGUAUUCCGGGGUGAAGUACUGCAAGGAAUACGACUUCCCGGACUGCAUCAGUUCAUGCCAAGAUGCAUGCAAGCCUCAGAACGAGGUGGGCAUCCCCUUUUGGACGGGUCGUUGUGACCCCGCCCGCAACGAAGAGCGCGCCGCUAUGAUCGAGAAGGCGUUUGGAGGCAGCCAGACGGACAGCUACUACACCACCAACCCCCGGUGCGACCAGUACGGGCCUAUGUGCAACAAGCCGGUGCCGGACGCUGGGGUGGCCUACUGCCACCGCGACGCCUCCGGGGUCUGCGACGCCUGCUACGUGCCCGGCACCACCCACCCCGCGAGCCCCAGGCCGCCCUCGCAGGUGGCGUGCAGAUAUGACCUCUUCUUGAACAAGAAGCUGCCGCAGUACAAGGACUUCCUCCCGAAGUGCGCCUCCUCCUGCAGCGGGGCCUGCAGCUUGUCCUCCGAGAGCGCGGCCUGCUGCGUGUACAUCGGCAAGUGCAAGCGGACCUGGCAGCAGGAAGACUGGGGUUCCUGUGAUGCUGACUGCGGCAACGGCACCCGGUACCGCAAGGUCUCUUGCCCCUUCGAAGACAUCUUCGGCCCCUGCGACGAAUCCACCCGGCCCGCAAACUCCACGGACUGCCGCGGGGACACCUGCCCCUGGAGCAAGGACCACUUUGGGAACUGGAGCGAGUGCGACAAUGGCUGUGGCAACGGCACCGCGAACCAGUCCUUGAUCUGCCAGUGCCCGGAUGAUUGCCCGUUGGGGGACAAGGAGUGCGAGAAGUCCCCGAAGCCGCCGCAGCCCAGUCGGCCGUGCUUCCCCCAGGGCAAGGCCCAGGGCUUCUGCAGCGAGUGCCCCGCGGAGGGUGGGGACUGCACAAAAUGCGCCAAGGGCUUCGAUCUGCAGGACACCAGCUGCCGCCGCUCCAAGCGAGUUGCCCUGGCCACUUAUCAGGUGGAGGCGCCAGGGCUGUCGCUGAAGAGCGAGUGGCUCGCCUCGGCCUUUGUGCCCGCCUUUAAGGAUGCGCUGCUAGGCGCCACCAACGUGUCCGUGGAUGUGUUGAACCUCACAGACAGCCCUGCCGUGGCGUCGCUGCUCGCGGCGCGGGCGCUGCGCGCGCUCGCGGACAACAGCUCAGUGUAUGUAGCCGUGGCAGCGGAGGGGGAGGAUGACGAGGACUUGGCGCAGCUGAAGACCAAGAUGGCGAACAACCUGGAUCAGAUGGCCAAGAGCCUUCCCCAGGCUUUGGCACAGCACGGCUGCACCCCGGACCACUCCUGCCAGUUGGGCACGGUGGGCGUCAGUUUGUUGCGCGAGGAGCAGAUGUGCCCGGAGGGCCAGGCCUGGAACGGCAACAGCUGCGGCAUGCCGGGACCCGGCCCCAAGCCUCCAGGAAGUGGCUUCCCCACCUGGGCCAUCGGCGUCAUCGUGGUGCUGAUCUUGCUGCUGGUGGCCGCGGUGGUUGCUUGGACCUGCGGCACCUGCAAGCGGAAUCAGGACCCCCGGCUCCUGGCCUGAGGCCCUGCGGCCACGGCGGCGGACGGCGGACGGGUGCGUCGAUGAGAAAUGCAUCGGAACAAGAAGCCUGACUUUUUGUUUUUUCCCCAAAGGAAAGCUGAG